CGCAAAGAUAGAAAUAUAUCACGAAGAGAUAAGAUUAAAAACGAUAUAGAGUCUUACUGUUGAUUACACUGCUGAUUGAAUUAAUCGUCGAUUAAGUUAAUCGGCGUUGAUAACAGUCGCCCUAAACCCUCGGUGGAAACUAAGUCAAUUAUGGAACAUAUGAUCCUCGCAAUGCACACUGGAAACGCUUGCCGCGCGGUAAAAUGCGACGCGGUAACCAAUGAACAUGUUAAGAGCCUUGACGUGGCUAAACUGAACAAUUACCAAUAUAAAUAGACAGUUAAUUUGCGAGGAUAUAAAAAAUUUAUGAAAGAUGACGCGUGAAAUUAAAGAUAUACAUAUAUACGAUUAAAUACAUAAAAAUGUGACUUUGAUCAGUGCGUGAGCAAGUCGGAAAGCUUCUCAAUUUAGUUUUCUGUUUUUGCAGUCGAACAAAGUGUUCUUCAGAUUUUUCAAAAAUGGAUUUGCGUAAUGAUAUUAAGAAGGCAACAGCACUUAUUUCCUCAGACAAUGAUGCAAAGUUCUAUCUUUUGCAAGAACCAAGUCAGGCUACAAAAGAUAAAAAAAUGAAUGAAAGGCCAGUGAGGAAACCACGAAACAUACAUUUACUAGAAGACUCUGAUUCAUCAGAGAAUAAUGACAUGGAUGUAAAUAUAUGCAGUAGAGUAAAACCUACUUUCGACAAACAUGAAGUCUCUGUUGCCGUUAAAGAGGUAAAUGGUGGACGUGACCUUUCAAACAAACAUUGGGAAGAGAGUUUCUUUAGAAAUCUUAAAGAGAUGAUGCAAUGUGAGAAAAACAUAUCUCAAAAUUCUUCCAAAUAUGAUAAUAUAAAAGUAAAUCAACUUAAGACUAAUAAUUUAAACGAUAGAUGUAUUAAACAGAAAGAUAAAUUAUAUAGAAAUGCUGCAUUCAUGGGUCUUUUGAAAACCAAUAAAAUUUCACUACAGGAUUUAAUUAUGAAUGAAAACCCAAUAAGGAAAAAAGAUGAAUUAGAAACGAUGCAUGAGCGUGAAAUCACAUUCAAUGGAUGUAUGGACAGUGAUAAAUGCCAUGUGGAAUCAGUUCCUCUUCGUGAAGAUCCUGAAAUCUAUGUUCAUCCUUUACAAAUGGGAAUAGAUGAAAAACAAUUUAAAAAUAUAGAUUUUUCUGUAUCACGAAUUGGUAAGAAGAUAAAAGUGACACCACAAGAGCAUUUUCUUGGAACGACUGAUGACGCUUCCUUUAAUUUUGUAAAGAAGAAAGACAACAGUACAUAA